AUGAUCGAGCUGUACGGCCGCCAGCCGGACACCCCGGCCGCCAAGAUGGUCUCGCAGCAGCCGGCGCCGGCGCCGCCUCCUCAGCCGCCCCCGGCGUCGCAGCAGCCGCCGCCGCAGCCGCCGCCCCCGCAGCAGCCGCCGCCCGGCGCUCCGCCGGGCCCGGGAGCGGGCGCGGGGGCGCAGCCGCAGCCCCUGCACGCCUGCAACGGCGGCGCGCCUCACCCAGGUACGCGCGCCGCCGCCCAGACGCGCUGCCCUGUUUGUCAACAACCGCGCGGCGCUUCGCACCUGGCAGCGAUCGCCGCUCAACAAGUCAGCGCCCUCCCUCCUCCCUGUAGUCACCACUCUGGCGGGGCGGAGGUGUGCGAGGGCUGCGGCCGCGAGAUCCACGACCGCUUCGUGAUGCGCGUGUCGGGCGCGUCUUGGCACGAGCACUGCCUCGCCUGCUGCGACUGCGGCGCGCUGCUCUCCGGCUCCUGCUACCUGCGCGCCGGCAGCCUCUACUGCAAGCACGACUACGACAGGAAGUUCGGCGCCAAGUGUUCGCGGUGCGGCGAGCGGGUGCUGCCGCACGAGCUGGUGAUGCGUGCGCAGGCGCACGUCUUCCACGUGGCGUGCUUCGCGUGCGCCGCCUGCUGCCAGCCGCUGCAGAAGGGCGAGCAGUUCGUGGUGCGCGCCGGCCAGCUCUACUGCCGGCACGACUUCGAGAAGGAGCUCUUCCUCAUGCACCAGGCCAGCCCCUCGGCAGUGGAGGACGACGUGCUGGACGAGAACUCGCGGCCGCGGGACGGCCGGCGCGGCCCCAAGAGGCCGCGCACCAUCCUGACGUCGGCGCAGCGCCGCCAGUUCAAGGCCAGCUUCGAGAUCAGCCCCAAGCCCUGCAGGAAGGUGCGUGAGGCCUUGGCAAAGGAGACGGGGCUCAGCGUGCGGGUGGUGCAGGUGUGGUUCCAGAACCAGCGGGCCAAGAUGAAGAAGCUACAGCGCAAGGCGAAGCAAGAGGCGUCCACCGGCGACCACAAGGGUGGCAACGGCACCGGGGACCAUAAGGCUGCAGACAAGGCCGGCGACACCGACAAGAACGGCAUCAAGCAGGAGCCCGGCUCGCACCACAAUCAGUACCUUGGCGUCAAUGGCCUAUCUGUGAGGGAUCCUGACGUCAACUUCACGCCAUCUGGCAGCCAGCCGCUCAACCCCAACGUUCCCUACUCACCUGAUGAUGGUUACCCUAACCACUCAGGGGAAAGCUUCUGUAGCUCUGAUAUUUCACUGGAUGAUAGUACAAAUUUUGAGCAGCUAGAUGAAGGUGGCUCGGACAGCAUGUCCCUACAGAAUCUUGAAGUGCAGCACACUCACCAGCAUCCUCCACACCCACCACCUGACGUUUUACUUCCCAGUGUUGUUCAGGUUAAUCCAAUAGACAAACUAUAUCUUAUGCAGAACUCAUACUUCAGCACGGAACAGUGA